AGAAAAAAAAAAGCUAAGAUUCCAAAUUAAUACCAACAAUCUACAUGUGUGCUUGUGUUUAUUUUUGGCCCCACAAACGCACUCAAACAUGCACCUAUAAAACCCCCCCCCUCAUACUUUCUUCUUCUUAUCACAAAAUCCCUAAAACAAACAAUAUUACAUGCUCAAAUAGCCUUACUCACAUAUAUCUAUCAAGAAAUAAAACCAUCAUACUACAAAUUAAGCCUUCUCUCGACCAAACUAAGCUUAUUACAAAAAACAAAGUAGAGAAUGGGCAACGCCGAUGAUACGUACCCGUCAUCCAAUAAGUACGGCUCCGGCUCCGGCUCCGGCUGCGGCGGCCAGCGUGUGGCCAUACCCCCACCGCAGCCGUUCGUGACGUCGCUCAAGAACACGUUAAAGGAGACGCUGUUCCCGGACGACCCUCUCCGGCAGUUCAAGAACCAGCCGCGGCGGAGGAAGUUGGUCCUCGGCCUGCAAUACAUUUUCCCGAUCCUCGAGUGGGGCCCGCGUUACAGGCUGGACUCGUUCAAGUCCGACCUCAUAGCCGGGAUCACCAUAGCAAGCCUAGCCAUACCGCAGGGGAUAAGUUACGCCAAGCUCGCCAACUUACCCCCUAUCUUAGGCCUCUAUUCGAGCUUCGUCCCGCCUUUGGUCUAUGCUGUGAUGGGGAGCUCGAGAGAUUUGGCAGUGGGAACCGUAGCCGUUGGAUCGUUGCUGAUGGGAUCGAUGCUGGGAAGCGUGGUGAAUUCCAAGGAUGAUCCUAAGCUCUAUCUUCAUCUUGCUUUCACUGCCACAUUUGCUGCUGGCCUAUUUGAAGCUGCCUUAGGCAUUUUCAGGCUAGGGUUUAUCGUGGAUUUCUUAUCGCAUGCAACCAUAGUCGGGUUCAUGAGUGGAGCAGCGACGGUGGUGUGCCUUCAACAGCUCAAAGGCAUACUUGGGCUUGAUCAUUUUACUCACGCCACCGAUAUUAUUUCUGUCAUGCGUUCUGUUUUUUCUCAAACUCAUAAGUGGAGAUGGGAAAGUGCUGUGCUGGGAUGCGUUUUCCUUUUCUACCUCAUGCUUGCUAGAUACUUCAGCAAGAAGAAACCAAAGUUAUUUUGGAUAUCAGCAAUGGCUCCAUUAACAUCCGUGAUAAUGGCAACUAUUUUAGUGUACUUUACCCAUGCAGAAAAACAUGGUGUCCAAGUGAUCGGAGAGCUAAAGAAGGGGAUAAAUCCAUCUUCAAUAAUGGAUUUAAACUUCGAUUCCAAAUAUCUAACCGGAGCAAUAAAAACAGGCAUUGUCACAGGCAUUAUAGCUCUUGCUGAAGGAAUAGCAGUAGGGAGAAGCUUCGCCAUGUUCAAGAAUUACCAUAUUGAUGGCAACAAAGAGAUGAUUGCUUUCGGGAUGAUGAACAUCGCCGGUUCCUGCACUUCUUGCUACCUCACUGCAGGGCCAUUUUCACGAUCGGCGGUGAACUUCAACGCCGGCUGCAAAACAGCAGUGUCAAAUAUAGUGAUGGCGUUAGCAGUGAUGAUCACACUACUAUUUCUUACUCCUCUGUUCCACUACACGCCAAUCGUGGUGCUGUCUUCCAUCAUCAUCGCUGCCAUGCUCGGCCUCAUCGACUACGAGGCCGCAAUCCAUCUAUGGCACGUCGACAAAUUCGACUUCCUCGUCUGCAUCAGCGCCUACGUGGGCGUCGUCUUCGCCAGCAUCGAGGUCGGCCUUGUCCUAGCGGUUGGACUAUCUAUUAUGAGAGUACUAUUGUUUGUUGCAAGGCCCAAAACAUUAGUUUUGGGUAACAUUCCGGAUUCCAAGGUUUAUAGGAAUAUUGAUCAGUAUCAAAAUGCAAGCAAUGUUCCUGGGAUUCUCAUUCUUGAGAUUGAUUCUCCAAUCUACUUUGCUAAUUCCAACUACUUGAGAGAAAGAAUUGCAAGAUGGAUUGAUGACGAGGAAGACAGAUUGAAAUCAUUAGGAGAAACAAGCUUGCAGUAUAUUGUACUUGACAUGAGUGCCGUUGGGAACAUUGAUACAAGUGGGAUCAGCAUGCUGAACGAGGUCAAGAAGAUCAUUGAUCGAAGAGGGCUAAAGUUGGUGAUGGUGAAUCCAGGAGCAGAGGUGAUGAAGAAGCUCAACAAGUCGAAAUUCUUGGAAACAAUAGGCCAAGAAUGGAUGUUUCUGACAGUGGGAGAGGCUGUUGGAGCAUGCAAUUACAUGCUUCAUACUUGUACCCAAAAAUUCAAUUCUCAUGAAUCCAACAACUAUAAUAAUGUGUGAAAUAUUACAAGAUUAUUGGAGCUAGGCAACUUUUUUUUGCCGCCCUAAUAAUGUUGUCACCAAUCUACAAUAUUUGAGGCAUUCUAUUUGGUCUCUGGUUCAA